AUGAUGUUGAAGAGCUUUGUCCCUAGUGCCACUGAGUGGCCAUCGGCAGCCUGGUGCCUCCAAAACUUCCACGAAGACCGUGCGGAGCUGCAAAGCCAAUCGGUCUUCACCGAAGUGGAGAAGGUGGCACGAGCCUGGGAGAACAUCGUCCCAGCCGAAGUGGUCGGAGCAAGUGAGGAGAAGGUUAGCAAGCUCAUCAUCCGUACCUCCAUCCAUGUGAAGGUGAAGUGGAGCAUUCUUCAGAAACUAUACUUUCUGGACUUGCUGAGCACUAGCAUAUACCGUGAGAGCAUUAUUCGCAUGGGCAAAGCUUAUGGCUUUGACCUUUCCACCAACAUGGAGCUGCUGUCUCGCUGGUGCAUUUUGCUCGUGAAGCACAACUGUCAAGAUCACGCUGAUGUUCUCAAGCGAUUUCUGGCCCAUCAGAGCCGCUGCAGCCACCUUCGGGCACUCUUCCGCGCUGUCGCCCAGCGAAGCGCGGAGCUCAGGUGGAGAUUCAUUGCGCAGGACCUCUGGGAGUCCUCCCAGCCAUUCCUCAAUACCAAGCUCCAAGGAGAAGUUUUUCAGAUAUUGGAUGCAAAUGGAUGCAUUGGACAUUUCUAG